GGAAGUUGUUUCAGCUGCCAUGUUUGGUUGCUUUGUUGUAGGCUUCCACUUGGUUUCCUCCAGAAUUACUAAGUGUGGAAAUGGAGCCGAGCUGGAGUACCUUUCUUUUUCAACAGGCCAAUGAAGCCCUGCACCACCAGCACCAGGUGGCCCAAAACAGCCUAUUGCCUCUUCUUAAUGCAGGGACUGAACCAAUCGACCAAAAGCCUAUCCUGCCCAUCCAACUAGAACACAAAGCCCCAACCAAUGCUGCAGAUCUCCUUAAAGACAAUGUGGCCAGUGGAGGGGGUGUACGGCCACUGCAUGGGAUAAAGAAGGAACACAAAGGCAAAACGCCGUUUGUUUGUGGGUACUGCAACAAGGCUUUCCGUGACAGCUACCACCUACGACGCCAUGAGUCCAGCCACACAGGUAUCAAAAUGGUGUCACGGCCAAAGAAGACUGCUCAGACGGCCCCUACCAUGGUCCCAAUGAUCUCCACGAUGACGCGAGACAACAAUGGGAAUCCCUCCUACAUCUCUACAGCAGCAGGGAUCCUUUCCACAGCGACUACAUCUGUCUCGUCAGGCGCAAGCAUCAUGACAUCGUCUCUAAUGGGCAACAUGCAACAUCAGACUCUCCCCAAGAAACCUGCCAAACCUGUCAAGAAGAACCAUGGGUGUGAGAUGUGUGGCAAGGCCUUCCGUGAUGUUUACCACCUGAAUCGCCACAAGCUCUCCCAUUCGGAUGAAAAGCCCUUCGAGUGCCCCAUCUGCCAUCAACGGUUCAAAAGGAAGGACCGGAUGACCUACCAUGUUCGCUCUCAUGAUGGUGGCAUUAUUAAACCCUAUGUGUGCUCCGUUUGUGGGAAAGGUUUUUCCAGACCAGACCACUUGAGUUGCCACGUAAAGCAUGUUCAUUCUUCUGAACGGCCGUUCAAAUGUCAAGUGACGGCUUGUACCUCUGCUUUUGCCACCAAAGACCGACUGCGUUCUCACAUGAUCAGACACGAGGGCAAGGUGACCUGCAGCAUCUGUGGGAAGAUGCUGAGUGCUGCCUACAUCACCAGCCAUCUGAAGACUCAUGGACAAACCAACUUUAACUCUUGUAACAAAGUAGAAGGCAACAUGCAGUUUCGGUCGAGUGACUUGCCCGAAGCCGAAACCCAAACUGCAAGGGAUGUAGGAGGUCUUCAUAGUCCAGAUGUUCUACGGCAACGAGGUCUGCAACUCGGCAUCCGCUACACCCGUGACCAUUUCAGCUCCCAUCUCUUCGGCGAUGAACCGCGGCAAUGCCAACAACCACCACGCCGUCACCAUAGCCGCGCAGAUGAACAUCAGCACCAACACAGUCAACAUCACGUCACCGGUCAGCCUCCAGCACCCGGUCACCAUCACCGGGCCCGUCAACAUCGCCUCAGUCAAUAUUCCCUCCUCUGCGCCCAUGAAUAUCGCCCACUCGGUCGCAAUAACCACCCCCAUGGCAAUGAAUAUUGCCGGCCCGCUCAAUAUUGCCAUGAGACCAGUAGACAGCAUGCCUUUCCUGUCCCAAGUCCUGCCGUCUUCCCCGCAUUGGUAAAAGCAAAAGGAGCAUUUAACCACAAAGCGAAACUCAGCCCAGCUCUUUUUUUUUCAUACCCUACUGAACCUUUUUCCCCUCUACAUCAAGUGAGCAUGGAUGCUGUUGUCCAGUAGGUGUGCAUCCAGGGGCCGCUCUCGAGUCAAAUUUUACAUGACUGUAGAGGCGCAACACUUGAGUAGAAACCAAGUAGGACUGACCUUAAAUGAGGACAAGUUUAGGACUUAGCAUAGUUGUUUGAAGUGCUGAAACUGUGAUGUGUGCCAUGACAGGCCAGAUGAGGUGAAGCGGUUGUUUUGAUCCUAACAGGUGAGACCAGGUGGAUGAACUGAAACAUCAUCCAUAGAUUGCUCUCUUACGUUGUUUACUAUAGCCUGCUAAUCCAUAUUUAAUGUAGGAAAUGAGCAUAGUAAAAAAGGACAGCAGCUUCCAUCUGCUUCUCAGAUAGUUACUAUACUUUUGAGGUACAGCUAACAUGUACAUUUGACAUAGUAAUGUAUUUUCAUGUUUUAGGUUUUUACCUUUUUUGUUCUCUCGAAUAUGAAAUGUUUGUAUUUUUUUAUUUGUUUUCGGCUCAUGAAGGCUUGUUAAUAUGUUCUAUGGUAGCUUUUAAUGGUUUCCCCCAAUGUAGUCGGAGUGGAUGGAGUCUUGCACUGAACACAUGUUUUACACAGGUGAAGAGCAGCAGUAUUAGUUGACGUCUCACUCCUAUCUAAAUCUCUUUUGUUUACUUUAUAUCCUAAUUCCCCAAAAAGCCUCACUCAGGAAGUCUCCGGAGGAAUAUAUACUACACAUGGUCAUUCUGGGAUUGCUUCGUUUGUAUAACUUUUGGAAAAGCAUUUGGUACCGUAGGAAUUGUUUUUGUCAGAACAAAAAAUGUCAUUGGUGUAACAAUCACCAGUGUUUACUUCCAUUUGGAGAUUCUUCUCUAUAGCCUUCCACGAAAAAUCCAUUUAUUUUUAUUUGAGGUGCACAAAUGAGUGGCUUAUGUUAACAUGUUUUUUUUUGUUGUUGUUAGUGAUAUUGUUCGCACUGGAAUAUCUUAGACCGCAAGCAGGUUCUAUUUUUUGUUUGCCAUAGUCCACAUUUCAAGCUGCGUUUUUUUUUUUCAGCAUCUCAAAUUGAUGAAUGAAAUGUUGAACUGGGCAGAUAUUUUUCCAGCCCUUAAUAGUUUAUCGUUAUUAGGAGAUGUUGCAUGAAGAAGACUUUUGGUACACACUGCCCUAUUUCCAUCAGGGACGAUGAUAGUUUUUAAAGCAUAACCGUCCAUUGAGAUGAUUAUUUGCUGUUUUAUGGCAUACCUACUGUACAUUUGAUAUUUUUUUAAAAGAAAAACAUCAGUGUCAGGCAGCAAAGAUUUCCAAAAUUGAGACUGACCUUGCAUGAGCCCAAACACUAUAGCUGUUAAGACAUAUUUUUCAAGAAUGCCUUGUCUCGACAGUGGUGAAACUAUUUGAGACUUUCAGUUUACACUGAACAAAAUGCAAUAUGCAUGACUUUUUUGUUUUUAACAAAAUAGUGUAUUUUUUUUACUUUAUGACGUAGAUACACUAUAAAUAGCUUAUUUGCCAAAUUUGAGCAAUUAAUGUGAUAAACUGUCGAAUUGAACACUCUGUAUUUUUAAAGCAAAUUGAAAACUCCCUGACCUUUUUUGUGAAAACUUUUGAAUGUAUAUCUUUGUACAACACUAUUUUAGGUCUGAGGAUACAGUAGUGAAGAUAGAUGUGGAAGAUAAAAUAACACUUUUUAUAAUAAAACAUUUUGUAUUAGAACAUUAACAAUGGUAAUUUUGUAUAUACUAGAAACAAGCUUUCUGGUUAGCGGAAAGAUCAAACAUUCCUGCAUUUCAAAAAAAAAAAAAGUGUCCAAUGAUUACAUGAACAUUGCGCAAUGUUAUGUGCCUUUUAUUUGGGUUGUCUGAAUAAAAGAAAACCAUCA